AUGGAUGCUGGCUUCAUCAUUGAAGUCUUCAUCAUGUCCCAUCAGAAGGAUCAUGGCGACGAUGCUAAAUUGACGCAGCACUGGUUAGUAAGUUCUAUAUUGCAGGAUUUGUGUUUACUUGAGAAUAAACUUCCAUUCUUUGUUAUUGAAGAGCUAUUCAAUAGAGCUUUUCCUGAUGAGUGUCGUGGACAUAUUCUUGAAAUUCCACAAUUUCUGGUGGAUGAUAGCACUGAACUUGUGUUUUGUAAUAUGAUAACAUUAGAAGAGUGUCAUUAUCCUUAUGCUGCUUGCAUUACUGACUAUGCUCUUGUAUUGGAUUGUCUAAUAGACACACAAAAAGAUGUACAUCUGCUUGUUCACAAGAAAAUACUCUGCAGCUAUUUAGGUGAUACCGAUGAUGUUGCUUUAUUAUUCAAUGGUCUUUUAGGAAAUGUCAAUCAAUUGGCUUUCAGUACUAAAUACAUUGAUAUCUGCCAAAGGUUGAAUGGCUAUUGUGAAGAUCAUUGGCACAAGUUGUGGGCAACUCUAAGACAUGAUUAUUGUCACACACCUUGCCAAACUGUUACUUCUAUUGCUGCAAUGAUACUCAUCCUUCUCACAGUUGUUCAAACCAUAUUUUCUAUCCUCCAAUUUGUGAAGUAA